CAUCCUCUUCUCUUCCCUUCCGGCGAUGACGGCCAAACGAAACCCUAAGAAAAGCCGAGCUUCGAAGUCAUCCGAGCCCGUCACCUUAUUCCGAUCCGUUGCUUCAGCAAUUACGUCCGCUAAGGUUCCUCAGAAGCCAAUUCUGCAACGUCUACUGUACCUUCUGGGUCAUUUGUCAUUAACCCAACAAAUUAAUUGGGAGAAUUGUGACAUAGCCUCACAUGAUUGGAAUAUCAAGCUCAGUGGUAAGCAAGUGGAGUUGAUCAAUUUCGAGGAUAUUUGUCACCUCUCAGAUGUUUUGUUCACAGAGCUUGAUAGGAGUUUUGAAAACCUAUUCUCCACUUUAUUCAAACGAAAGGCUGAAACUUGUCCCACUUUUGCAAGUAGAGAAGAAAGUAUUGAAUUAGCUACUCUCUUCUUAAGAUGUUGUAUGAAGAUCAUGACUUUACUUAUACCAAAACAAGAGCUGGUUUUUGAGAAAGCCAAAUCAGUUCUCUCAGUACUCAGUGGAUUGGUUCAUGCAAGGAAUAUGGAUUGUUCUGUUGUAGGCACCCAUGACGGCAAUAUAUUUCUUUGUAGCUGGAUUGAGGUUUUCAUGGAUGAGAUUUUGGUGAAUAAGUCAAUCAGGGAUCUUCUGUUCAUAGUUAAUUCUGCGUCCUCCUCAUGUAGACUGUUUACUAAGCAUGAUAGGGCCGGUGUAGUGGAAAUGGUUUCUGCUCAUUUUAUCAUCUCAACAUCUGAUGAAAAUAUGAAUAAAAUGUGUGUUGAUAGAUUAUACUGGGAACAACUUGAUGCGGUUAAAGCUCCUCAGAUAAGCUUGGGUGCUGCUGCGUCGUUGCUGCUUAGCCCGCUGAUGUUCGCUGCACCAACAAUGAUCCAUGCCUAUGUUGUUUUAUUGGUUUCUGACGCUAUCGGUAUUUGUGUUAAGGGAUUAGACCUUCACCUUAUUGAUCGCUAUAUUGAUGCAUUUGAAAAGUCUGUUGUUUUGUAUACAAGCUUCAUGUGUACGAGUGAGGAUGCCUCACCGGGGAAGUUUGGUGUUUUGAUGAAUCAUUCUCGAGUGGCUUUUGAACAGCGUCUUUCGCCCUCAACACUGGCGAAAUUUAAUGAUGUUACACUGAAGCUAAAGGAUUCAUUGGGUGCAUAUCGAAUUAGUAAUGCCAAUAGAGAAAUCAAUGAGCUGGUCGCAUAUUCUGUUGCAUAUGCAAAGGAAAGCUUAUGUAUAUUUGAUAGCUCCUGCUCGGAAACUAUGCUGUCUCAGACCUUAUCAAUUAUUGGUUGUGCGAUACUUAAUGCUAGUUCUGAUGAUGUCAUGGACUCUGUGUUGCAGAAAUACGACGCGUAUAGUAUGGAAAAUUUAUAUCUGCUUGCAUCCAUAUUAAAGUUGAUGGGUUGUUCGAUGUUGCAAGCCAUCCGGGUUUUCAGGAAUUGGAACUGGCAUCGACCUGAAGCCGGAGGUGAUGUUCAAGCUUGCAAGGAAUACAAAGCCCUGAUGCAUAUUGUUCAACGGUUUGAACAGUUCAAUAUUCAAUUUCCCGGUCAAAGUUUCCUGUGUGAUAGAGUGGAAUCUCAUCCUCACAGACAUGUGAAUUCUAAGUGGAUGCUUACGCAUUUUUCAGGCUUACUGUCUGUAAGCUUUGCCCUCAAGCUUGGCUUUCUAGUGAAGGAUUCCAUUUUUGGAAUUGUGAUAUCUAUGUAUUUAUUUAUCCUAGAAGGGGGUAACUUGGAAGCACUUGGGAAUUCAGUUCAUAAUUCAGGAAAUCCGUCAUCGCCAAUACCAUCCAGUGGUUCUGAAAACUUGGCAGCUUCUGGUAAAGCUGAAGAGACUGCAGUAGAUAGGAAACAGAGCGGGGCGGUUGCUUUGAAGUUUCACAAAAUCCGAACUUUGUACUUGGGGAAGAUAUCUGAAGCUAAAGGUCCAGAGAGUGAUCCGGAUUCAGGAAUUAGUGUUGAAGAACAAAGCUGCAAUGGGCAGAGAUUUCUGUGGUGUAUGGCCGGGAAAGGCGAACUGAAAAAAACAGAUGUGGAGGAGUUGGCAGAUUUCAUUGUAUGUGAGCCCGGUAAGGACUACGCCGACUGGCUAAAAGGUAGAGAACGAUUUCGGAAGCAACGGUGGAACAAGAUUGCUCUCCAAAGGUGGAGUAAGAAGCAAAAAACUUGGAGAGAGAACAAAAGAAAAGUGUCUAAAACCCGAAUGUAAAUCUUCUGUAGUAAAAGAGUUAAUAUAAUCAUGUAGGAAUGUCACGACAUUAGUCAUGAAAAUUAUGUAGAACAGAUUGAUCCUUUCAACCAUAAUAAGUAAAGUAACAACCACAGAUUAA